AUGAUUUCCCAGUUCUUCAUUCUGUCCUCCAAGGGGGACCCGCUCAUCUACAAGGACUUCCGCGGAGACAGCGGCGGCCGGGAUGUGGCCGAGCUCUUCUACCGGAAGCUGACGGGACUGCCUGGAGACGAGUCUCCGGUUGUCAUGCACCACGAUGACCGGCACUUCAUUCACAUCAGACACAGCGGUCUCUACUUGGUGGCCACCACUUCAGAAAACAUUUCCCCCUUCAGCCUCCUGGAGCUGCUCUCCCGGCUGGCCACUCUCCUGGGUGACUACUGUGGCUCCCUAGGGGAGGCGACCAUCUCUCGCAACGUGGCUCUGGUCUACGAACUCCUGGAUGAAGUGCUGGACUAUGGCUAUGUACAGACCACAUCCACGGAGGUGUUGAGGAACUUCAUCCAGACAGAGGCUGUGGUCAGCAAACCCUUCAGCCUCUUUGAUCUCAGCAGCGUUGGCUUGUUUGGGGCCGAGACACAACAGAGCAAAGUGGCCCCCAGCAGUGCAGCCAGCCGGCCUGUCCUGUCCAGCCGCUCUGACCAGAGUCAAAAGAAUGAAGUGUUUUUGGACGUGGUCGAGAGAUUAUCCGUGCUGAUAGCCUCUAAUGGCUCGCUGCUCAAGGUGGAUGUGCAGGGAGAGAUCCGGCUCAAGAGCUUUCUGCCCAGCGGCUCGGAGAUGCGCAUCGGCUUGACCGAGGAGUUUUGUGUGGGGAAGUCCGAACUGAGAGGCUAUGGGCCGGGAAUUCGGGUGGAUGAGGUCUCCUUUCACAGUUCAGUGUACCUGGAUGAGUUUGAAUCUCAUCGGAUCCUCCGUCUGCAGCCCCCUCAGGGUGAGCUGACUGUGAUGAGGUACCAACUUUCAGAUGACCUCCCCUCCCCGCUCCCCUUCCGGCUCUUUCCGUCUGUGCAGUGGGACCGAGGCUCAGGCAGGCUCCAGGUUUAUUUGAAGUUACGUUGUGACCUGCCCCCAAAAAGCCAGGCUCUCAACGUCAGGCUGCACCUUCCCCUGCCUCGAGGGGUGGUCAGCCUGUCUCAGGAGCUGAGCAGCCCAGAGCAGAAGGCAGAACUGGCGGAGGGAGCCCUUCGCUGGGACCUGCCUCGGGUGCAAGGAGGCUCUCAGCUCUCAGGCCUCUUCCAGAUGGACGUCCCGGGCCUCCCUGGGCCUCCCGGCCAAGGCCCCUCCGCCUCGGCUCCCCUAGGGCUGGGCCCUGCCAGCCUCUCCUUUGAGCUUCCCCGGCACACGUGCUCUGGCCUCCAGGUCCGCUUUCUCAGGCUGGCGUUCAGACCCUGCGGCAGCGCCAGCCCGCACAAGUGGGUGCGACACCUAAGCCACAGCGACGCUUACGUCAUUCGGAUCUGA